UUUUCAUCAAAUACACUUAAAUGUUAAAAAAGUGUAUAAAUGUAAAUAAACACAAAUAAUAACGUCUUUUCUAUACAUUUUUUUUUAUUUGUCAAGAUUAAAAAAGGAGUAUCUUUUUAUUUGUGUGAGUCAAAAUUAUAAAAGUUUCAAAUUUGCAUAGCUGCAUUUAAACAAAAUGGAAAAAAAUCGCGAAGAUUGCCUUAAAAUUAGUUCUGUUAUAGGUGUUUCACGCGAAAAACUACUUCGUAGAAACUCUUCUCAAGUAACUCUUGCAAAUCAACUAAAGCCUCAAAAUGAAAAUAUACAAAAUCCUGGUGCUAAGAUAAAAGAAGUAAGGUCUGAAGUAGAGCAGAUAGUAAAUAUUGGAAUAAAAAAGGAAAAUAUUCACAAUAAUGAAUCAGAAUCAAAUCAAGUAACAGAAAAGAUUAAUUGCCAUUCAUUAGCGACAAGUGGUAAAUUAGCUGAUACCACAGACAAAAUAAUAGAAAAUCAGAGUAAAUUAUUAACCUUACAACAUAUAGAGAUAGCAGUAUAUAAGUCUUUAUUAAGAAAACUAGUUUAUAAAAAGACAGCAGAAGAAACAAAGGAUUUAGUAAUUAUACUAAACGAUUUAGGAUAUUUGACUACAAAGCUAGGAGAGCUAAAUAAAGAUACUAACUAUAAGCUUAAAUACUAUACAGAUGCAGCACUAUUUUAUCAGUAUGUGAUUAGUAUAAUUAAUAAAAAUGAUAAGAAUAAAAAAUUAAGUGCUCAAGAUAAAGAGGAACUGGUAAAAGAUAAAAUAGAAGAUCCAUAUCAACAAUUAGAUUACUUACAACAGUUAAUAUUUUCUGCAAUUAACAUUAACAGGCCACAAACCAGUCGUAAGGUUGAUGAAGAAUUAACUAAUAAUAAAGCUAUAUUGGCAGAAAUACGAAAAGAUACUGAAGAAGGAUUACGAAAAGCAGAAAAUAAUCGUCAGCAAGCAAUUAAUAACCAAGAGGAAAAACAACAAUAUCAGAAAUCGUAUGUAAAGGAAGUAAGAAAGUUGUUUGAAUCAAUAGCUAGUAAAAUGCGAGGGUUUUUAGCCAAAAUAUAUUGUGAUAGUGAACAUGAAAUUGGUACGCCACCUUGUAACUACGCUGUAAUAGGUUUAGGGUCAAUGGCACUUAAACAAAUGACACCGUAUUCAGAUUUAGAAUUUGCCAUCCUUACAGAAAAUGAGAAUUACAAACAAAGUGAUGAUCCAAAGAUAAGAGAAUAUUUUAAGACUUUAAGCCAUCUCGCACAUUUUAAGGUAAUCAAUUUAGGAGAGAGCAUAAUCCCCACCAGUAAAUAUGGUCUGGAUAUGAGCCACUUAGUACAUAGAGCAGUUAACUUUGAUCUAGGAGGUAAGACGCCAUUAGGUAGGAGAGAUCAAGGUAAACCGUAUGAAUUAAUAAAAACAAUAGAUUGGAUGCUAAAUUAUGUUCGUAAUGAUAAAGAUAAAACAAUUCAUAUAGACAAGGUUCUACCUUAUAUUUUGGAGAAAGUUUGCUAUGUAUACGGAGAAGAGAAGUUAGUACAGGAUUAUCAAGCAAAAGUUACAGAGUUUUUAAGUAGCGAAUCUAGUGAUGAUAACCAAAAAGGAAUGCUAAACUGUCAAAUAAGAGCGAUUAAAAUAUUGAUAAAAGGAGCGGUGGAACUUGAUUACUUGAAUAGAUUUGAACAAUUAGAGGUGCCAAAAGAAACUCAAUAUAAAGGUGAUCUUGACAAGUUGCAACCUAGAUUAUUUGAUACUGUAGGUCGGUUAAUUGCCGUUAAGGAGGAGAUUUACAGAUUACUUGACCGUAUGGUGUAUAAUCUCGGUCUGUAUUAUAGUAUUGAGGGGGAUAGUGCUUGGGAUACGGUAGACAAGUUAGAGGGUAAAGGAAUAAUCAAUUCACUGGCAGCACUUAAUCUAAAAAAUGCUACGACGUUUGCAACUACUCUCAGAUUAAAGACCUAUUCUCUCCACAAAGCACAGAAGGAAGAUAUGUCUAUAUUUGUUAAACCGGAUGAAGCUGAAGGUGAACUUAAAGAACAAGAUGAGCAGAUAUUCUAUUUAUCUGAAGAAGAUUUAGGAGAGAAAGGAGAGUUGUUUCGGUACUUUUAUACUGCAUUACCUUUACAUGAGAAACUAAAGGAUUUUUGUGAUAAAGAGCAAAAAUUAAGCAAUGCAGAUAAACACGUAUUUUUUAAGAGUGACAAUUUUUAUGACGAUGAUUUUGCUAAUAAAGGUUUGAUAUAUCACAGACUGGCACAAUAUAAAAAAGCUCAAAACAAUUUAGAGAUAGCGUUAGAUAACCCAAAUAAUCGGAAUAAUUUACAAAUAAGAAAUGCAUUAGGACGUAUAUAUAAAAUUUUUGGCAACGGUGAUAAAGCUAUAGAGCAAUUCGAGUAUUGUUUAAAGAGAGCACUCAUCCAUAAAGAUCAACCUCAUCCGAAUGUAGCUAGAUCUUUAAAUAAUAUAGGGACUGCUUAUAGUAUUAAAGGAGAAUAUGAUCGAACAAUUAAAUAUUAUCAAAAAAGUUUGGAGGUGAACAAACAUAUUCAUGAAGACCAACCUCAUCCGGAUGUAGCUAGCAUUUUAAAUAAUCUAGGGACUGCUUAUAGGAAUAAAGGAAAAUUUGAUCAAGCAAUUAAAUAUUAUAAAGAAAGCUUGGAGAUGAACAAACUCAUCCAUAAAGACCAACCUCAUUCGAAUUUAGCUGGCUCUUUAAAUAGUCUAGGGAAUGCGUAUUGUAAUAAAGGAAAAUAUGAUCGGGCAAUUAAAUAUUAUGAAGAAAGCUUGGAGAUGAACAAACUCAUCCAUAAAGACCAACCUCAUUCUGAUAUAGCUAGCUCUUUGAAUAAUCUAGGGACUGCUUAUAAGAAUAAAGGAGAAUAUGAUCAGGCAAUUAAAUAUUAUGAAGAAAGCUUAGAGAUAAAAAAACUCAUCCAUAAAGACCAACUUCAUCCAGAUGUAGCUAGCUCUUUAAAUAAUUUAGGGAAUGCUUAUAGUGAUAAAGGAGAAUACGAACGGGCAAUUAAAUAUCAUCAAGAAAGCUUGGAGAUGAACAAACUCAUCCAUAAAGACCAACCUCAUCCGGAUGUAGCUAGAUCUUUAAAUAAUCUAGGGAAUGCUUAUGGUAAUAAAGGAGAAUAUGAUCGGGCAAUUAAAUAUUAUGAAGAAAGCUUGGAGAUAAACAAACUCAUUCAUAAAAACCAACCUCAUCCGGAUGUAGCUACUACUUUAAACAAUCUAGGAAAUGGUUAUGGUGAUAAAGGAGAAUAUGAUCGGGCAAUUAAAUAUUAUAAAGAAAGCUUGGAGAUGAACAAACUUAUCCAUAAAGACCAACCUCAUCCGGUUAUAGCUUCUACUUUAAAUAAUCUAGGAACAGCUUUUAGUGAUAAAGGAGAACAUGAUUGGGCAAUUAAAUAUUAUCAAGAAAGCUUGGAGAUGAGCAAACUCAUCCAUAAAGACCAACCUCAUCCGGAUGUAGUUAGCCCUUUAAAUAAUCUAGGAAAUGCUUAUAGUGAUAAAGGAGAAUACGAACGGGCAAUUAAGCAUAAAACCCAAGCUCUACAAGUAAUCUCGGCAUAUCAGAAUCAUCGUCAGGUAAAUGUGAUAAUAAAUAGUUUAAUAAAAAUAACUAUUGCGUUUGCCAAUAAAUAUCAUUUAAACAAACAUAAUAUUAAAAACAAAGUUCUUUCUUUUGUUUUAGAAGAAUUAGAUUUCACAGACUUUAACGUACAUUUUGCUUUGGCAUUAUCGCUGGAAAACAGUAAUGAAACAGAACAAAUAGCAAAAAUGAUAGAAGAAUAUAAACUAGCCUUGAUUUUUCUUCCAAAAGAACAAUUAGAAAUCAAACAAACAAUAUGUAACAAGUUAGCCGAACUAACAAAACAUAAUCAGUUAAGUAUUGAAUUAUGGUUAGCAAUAGCAGAAAACAAUAUUACUGAAGUACAAAAGAUAGCUAUUGAUGGGGUUGAUCUUAAUCAUACAUCGUUCAUAAAUACCACUCCAUUAAUACAAGCAUUAGAAAUAGGAAAUAUUGCUAUGGUAUCAGCAUUACUUUUAGGAAAUGUUGACAUUAAUAAACCUAAUACUGAGCAAGAUCAAGCUUCUCCUUUAUAUUGUUCUCUAGGAUACCUUAGACAGCCGGUAAAUAUGGCUAUAGUUAAGUUGUUAUUAGAGAAAGGUGCUGAUGCUAAUCAGCCAAUGUAUGAUGGUAAUACUCCGAUGCAUAUGGCUCAUUAUAAAGGAAACAAAGAAGCAAUAAAACUAUUACUUCAGUAUGGAGCCAAUAUUAAUGCCCAAAAUGCCGAAGGUAAAACACCUUUACAUUGUUUGUUGGAGCAAAAAGCUAUUGAAUUAGAAGAUAAGUUAGAAAUAUUAAAAGAAUUCUGCUAUUUAUAUAAUGCAACGGUUAAGGAUCAAGGUGGGGAUGGUGUAGUAAAUGAUGCCACAGGCCUGGAAUUAUUGUCCUUACUUGCUCAUGAGUUAUUGACUACCAGUGCUGUUAGUACUAGUGUGAAUUCGGAUGAUAUAAACAUGAAUCUGCUUGUUGAUAAUGACUUAUCUAAAACAAGUCAGGAUUUACCUAGUCCUGAAUAAGGUAAGCAUUAUUGUCACUAAUCGUUGAGGCCCAAGGGUAAAGAACGUGCAAAAAUUAGUCAAUCAUAAACUCUAUUCGAGUCUGUAAUACACUUUGUGUGUGCGCCAACAUAAUGUGGAGAGCAUUUUAAAUCAAGGGGUAAAGAGUCAAUUAUUUACUUUGUAUAAAUUGUAUUUUUUAAUUCCAGCAAAUCCUGCUUAAAAUCCCUGCAUAAAAUUUCAAAUUGGUUCAAUGCCAAAGACCAAUUUUUAAUCGGCAUGGUCCAUUUUUUGGCAGCGUUUUUUAGAGCCAAAAAUACGAUUUUUAAAAUAGACUUGUCAUCUAAAAAAUCACCUUUAAUGCCAGUUUAAGAUUAAAAAAUAAAAGAAAAGGUUAGAUAUAACCCCGACUUUGAAGAUGAAAGUAGCUGAAUAGGUAAAGGUAUUAGGGUAUUCUAGUGUUUUCUAUCAAAGAGAUUACCCUAAUGAAUAUAUAUUACAAUUGUUUAUGAUUUUUACAAAGAAUUUGAGCUAUGGUAUAAAAAAUUUCUACCUACCUGUGCUGAUGAAAAGAUCUUUUAUUGAAACCAUAUUUUGUUUAUGAAGCAAAAAGAUCGUUAACUCACAAUUUUGUAUUUUUUUAUUAACAAUUUUUGCAAAGUUUAUCUAGAUUGGUAACAAAAUAAGUUGUUACCGAGUAACAAAAAACGUCAAACAGAUGGUAGUUUAGGCCUUUGCGAGCUAAUGACAAUAAUAUAGUAUUGUUAUUUAACGCCUUGUCGGGAUUUUAAUAAUUGUUACUUAUAUUACCUAUCAAAAAAAUAUAAAGGUUAUUUCGCUUUACCAAUUUAUAGCCGAAUAAUCCAGCUGUGGUGUAGACUGAUACUACCAUUAGUAAUUAUAUUACAAUUAUUAAAAGGGAAUAGCUCCGGUAUAUAUUUUAUUGAUUUUACCAAAUUAUCUAUAUGCCACAGAAAACCAACAGUGGCAAUAGGGUUUUUAAGAGAAUUGCUAAAGUAGACAUGAGUAGUUAUGGAUGGUUUAUGCGAUUUAAAUUACAUUUAAUUAUUAACCCCUUAACUGCAGCGUAGAUUUAAAAGUUACAUUCUCUAUUACGGCAAAAUAUAUUUGUUUAAAAUUAUUUCAAGUCGUAAACUUUUUUUUCGUAUAGUGUGCCGAAAAUUCUAAAGGUUUUAUUAAAAAAAAAAAAAAGUUUCACUAGCUAUUAUACGUCAGACACAAAGAAAGCUAUACCUUGCAGUGACGGAUAUACCCGUCAGACAAGUUUAAUAAUAAAGUAGUAAAUAUGGCUAAUAAAAUUACUAAGGGAAAUGCCAGUGAUUUAUCUGCUGUUUCUCGUAUAACAAAAAGGUUAUUUGGCAAAUUAUUUGGCGAUAAAGGUUAUAUAUCCAAUGAUUUAUUUAAUAAACUUUACUCUAAGGAUCUGAAAAUAUUCACUGGUGUUCGCAAAAGUAUGAAGAAUUAUCUAUUGGAACUGGAAGAUAAAAUACUGUUACGUAAACGCUCGCUAAUUGAAUCUGUAUUUAAUGUACUAAAAAACCAUAUGAGCUUGGAACAUUAAAGGCGCCUGUUAAUCAUCAACAAUAAAGAUGACGUCUUUUUUUGUUGAUGUUUUUUCUGAUUUGACGAUUUAUUAAUUCUAUUGCAUUGGUAGUAUGAAUGACCCACCUAAUCUCAUCAGAAAAAUUAUUAUCAAAAGCAAACCCAGAAGAGAUAUUUCGCAAAAUAAGAAAAUGGAUUAUGGCGCUUAAAGACUGGCCAUUAGCGUUUAACUAAUUUGAAAUACUUUGCGGGGAUUUUAAAUAUGAUUUAUUGGAAAGUAAAAAAUUGAACUUACACAAAGUUUAUGAUUGACUUGGAAAAGCAAAAAGAGGAAUAAUCCCACUCCAAUUUUUUGUCUAAAUAUUUGAGAUCACAGGGUGUUUAUUGUCUUAUUUGGAUGCAAAUGAUUUUGGCUCCAGAUAUCAUAUUUCUUCACUGUUCGCAGUGUAAAUUCCUUUAAGAUCCGCUGUAACCGCUUUUAAAUCCUAAUAAGAAACAUGUUUUACAGAAUUCCUCACCAUUGUAAUAUAGAGAGUUAUACAAUGGUAUUAGAAUAAAUGCUAUUUAUGGCUUCAGGAAAGCCUUUUAAUCCAUUAAAGCAUUCUACAUAUAUUUGUUUUAUUCUCCUGUUCUUUAGCUCAGUUACAACCUACAUCCAAACCAUGGAACCUUCAUUUUUACCAACCCAGAUCCACAGCAAUUUUUUUUUUUUUUUUAAUUUUUUAUUUUUUUUGCCGUUUCUUAUAUUUACAAUAACUAGCAGUAAGCAACCCGUAAUACGCGUUAUUAGUAAAUAAAAUUAAAAAAAAAACCGCGUAUAGAAAAGCCUAGAAAAUGACGUAACUCGACUAAUAAUAAUAUUAAAUUAGCGUAUUCAUAUUAUCAGAAGACAUAUCACAUUUAUAAAAAUUAACGGGAGCAAGAGGAAGACAAUGAUUCUCUUAUCACCGAGCCCCGUUUACAAAAUGUCCGUGUUUAUAAACAAAUAUGAAUAAAAUAUACAAAAAAAAACGUUAAAAAGUACAUAACUUUUGUCAAAUAU